CCUCAGUGAGAUGAACUGGAGGAGAUGUUAAAUCUCAGGCUUUCCAUUAGAGGUCGACCGAUUAGGAUUUUUCGACCUCUACUGUCCAUCCUAAACGGCAUCCAUACAGGAAGUACUCACACCCUUCGACUUGUUCCACAUGUCGUCGUGUUACAGGAAGUACUCACACCCUUCGACUUGUUCCACAUGUCGUCGUGUUACAGGAAGUACUCACACCCUUCGACUUGUUCCACAUGUCGUCGUGUUACAGGAAGUACUCACACCCUUCGACUUGUUCCACAUGUCGUCGUGUUACAGGAAGUACUCACACCCUUCGACUUGUUCCACAUGUCGUCGUGUUACAGGAAGUACUCACACCCUUCGACUUGUUCCACAUGUCGUCGUGUUACAGGAAGUACUCACACCCUUCGACUUGUUCCACAUGUCGUCGUGUUACAGGAAGUACUCACACCCUUCGACUUGUUCCACAUGUCGUCGUGUUACAGGAAGUACUCACACCCUUCGACUUGUUCCACAUGUCGUCGUGUUACAGGAAGUACUCACACCCUUCGACUUGUUCCACAUGUCGUCGUGUUACAGGAAGUACUCACACCCUUCGACUUGUUCCACAUGUCGUCGUGUUACAGGAAGUACUCACACCCUUCGACUUGUUCCACAUGUCGUCGUGUUACAGGAAGUACUCACACCCUUCGACUUGUUCCACAUGUCGUCGUGUUACAGGAAGUACUCACACCCUUCGACUUGUUCCACAUGUCGUCGUGUUACAGGAAGUACUCACACCCUUCGACUUGUUCCACAUGUCGUCGUGUUACAGGAAGUACUCACACCCUUCGACUUGUUCCACAUGUCGUCGUGUUACAGGAAGUACUCACACCCUUCGACUUGUUCCACAUGUCGUCGUGUUACAGACAUUUUAAAUGGAUCACAUUGACAUUUUAUCUGGUCACUGAUCUACACACGAUACUCCACAAUGCCAAAGUGGAAUUUUGUUUUUAGAUUUAUUCAUUUUUUACAAAUUAAUUCAUA